AACGACGCUGGGUAGACCUACCGGAAGCGACCGAUUGCCUUGAGCCAUUCGGGUCCGUUAUGCUGAUCAUCUUUAGCUUGACAGCUGCACGAUGUUUGAAUGUGAAAAGGUGUUUUGGACUGUCUUAUUCUGAGACAUGUGAUUUCGACGAGUAUCCAUUCAGAAAUAAUCUGCAAACUUUUCGAAGAACGCAGCGGAAUAGAAACACUUGCAACUCACCGGGCAGUUUUGUAACUUUGUAACAAGGGGAGCAAGAGCGUUUAUUCAUCACGUCAGACUACACGAGAAGUUUAUCCGGACAUAAUUAACAUAUGGACGUUUUCAGUAGGCGUUGGAGUACUUCAGGGCAAAUAAAACUUGUUUUGGUUUCUUCCCGUGCUGUGCUGCAUUUUUUCCGCAGCAACCUGGAAAAUACCUGCUUUGUCAACACUUCGUCUUCAGUUUCUUGUUACUCACCACAUGCAAAAUGCUCUAAUGGAAUUGAAUAGUUCUACCAUCGUGUGCUGACAAUGACUGCAACUCGCAUGCUGAACAUGGAGAUCCGGUCUUCUCUUCAGCACCAAGGAAUCCUCCCAAACAAGAUUCCACAUGCAAAUGAAUGACCCCAGCAGCCUGUGAGGAUUUGGAGGCAGGAGCAGUAGGUCCAGGAGCACCAUGUCUGCUGGGGAGCUCAUCGAGCUGCAGGACCUGAGGGGUGGGGAGGACCGCAUCGAACUCACCCCCCUGCCCUCCACCCCUCGCACCUCGCGCCUGGAGCGGGUCAACGCGGUCCGCCUCAGCCCCGGCAGGGUCCCGGAACUCCUCAACCGCGUGCGCAUCAUACGGCUCCUGGGGGGAGUGGGCUCGGACAGCAGGGAGGAUGUGAAUGUCGGGGUGGGGGUCAGGGUCGGCGGGGGGAUGGCCGACCCCAAACUGGUGGAGGAGGCCGGGGAGGGCCAUGACUUCCAGCCCUGCAGCCACACCCAGCCCACCUGGUGUGACCUGUGCGGAGACUUCAUCUGGGGCCUAUACAAGCAGAGCCUGCGAUGUGUCAAUUGCAGAUUCACAUGUCACUACCGAUGCCGGGCCCUCAUCAAACUGGACUGCAGUCUAGACCAGGGCUCCGUGGCGGACCACUCAAGUGUCACAGGGGACGAGGAGCAGGACACCAUAGAGUCAGACACAAAUGUGGAUGAGCAGACUGAGUGGGGGAAGCAGCCUGAGCUGACUCCAGCUGAGAUCCAGAAGAAGGUGAAGGAGUACAAUGCCCAGAUCAAUGGCAACCUCUUCAUGACCUCGAACAAAGAUGGCUCCUACACUGGCUUCAUCAAGGUCCAGCUGAAGCUGGUGCGUCCCGUCUCGGUGCCCCCUCCCAGGAAGGGCUCAGCCGCAAAGGAGCCCCCUGGCCGGGGUGGUAAACCUCCCGCGUCGGCAGGCAGUGCCCUGAAGCGCCGCACGUCCUUCUACCUGCCCAAGGACACCGCAAAGCACCUGCACAUCAGCUCUCGCACCAGCUCCCGAGAGGUCAUCCAGGCCCUGCUCAAGAAGUUCACCGUGCUCGACAACCCUGCCAAGUUCGCCCUGUUUGAGCGCUCGGAGCGCCACGAUCAGGUGUACCUGCGUAAGCUGUCUGAUGACGAGCGUCCGCUUCACCUGCGUCUGCUUGCCGGCCCCAAUGAGAAGGUGCUCAGCCUGGUGCUGAAGGAGAACGAGACUGGAGAGGUCAAUUGGGAUGCCUUCUCAUCUCCCGAGCUCUCAAACUUUUUGCGCAUCCUGAAGCGUGAAGAGGAGGAGCAUGUGAAGCAGAUCAUACUACGCUACACACGAGCUCGCGAGCGCCUCCAGGAAGCCAUCUCCAGCUCCAAGCCGGGCUGAGGGGGCCGCCACCUCCGCUGCCCCUUCCCAGCUCCGCGUGGGAACACCUGCACUGUUGACCUGCGGCCACUAGGUGGCUCUUGUGUCACUGUUGCAUCCAACACCACCCGGCUAGGAUGACGACGACGUGGACAGGCCUUCACUCCCCCCACACCAACACCACCCCCCUCCCUCUCUUACCAAGAGAGAGGGACGAGAAAACUAAGAACGAGGGAAUGAUUGUGUGAGUGAGUAAGAGCGAACGGACGCGUGAGAGCGUAACAUGAGUUGUGCCUUAGGACAUAGUGAGAGUGAGUUAUGUCUGGAGGAGCGUUUGAAUGAACGAGUGAUGAUGAUGAACGGACGGAUGGAUGGAUGGAUAGGAGAGGAAGAGUGGACUUGUCUGAGGACUGAGCCUGUGUGAGCGCGUGCUGAGAGCAUGUGAGAGUACAGCAGUUUGAAAGACUGUUGAGGAUCUGGACUGACUGGUAGUGAUGCCAUCAGUUUUGAAAGAAAUUGUCUUCCUCAUUGAGCUACAUCAUUGAGCUCAUGAGUGAAUGGCUUGUGUGUCUUUUUUUCUUUGUUUGUUUGUUAGUUAUAUAUGUCUGUUAUCUGUGUCAUGUACUGGAAUGUCUGUUAUACAUGUCUGUCUGUUACAUGUGACUUUCCGAAUGACUGGGACUCAACACAUUCGAAUACUGUGCAUACAGUCUAGGGCAGCCCUUUAACAAAUAUAAAACCUGUGUACACAAACAUGCAAAUUUGGAUCGCACAUUAUCAAGAACAUUCCACACAAAUUCACCACUCGACAUGAAUGUGUACUGUUAGCUGAUCAUUUCUCAACCACCUGUAUGUGUCUCAGACUAAAACAUGAAUGUAAAUAAAAGAAAGAAUACUAUACAAAA